AUGCCUGCGGUGCCCUUCAAGGUCAAGGCGAUUUUCGAAUACAGAUCAGACGAGGCCGAUGAUCUUAACUUUGACAAUGGCCAGAUAAUCACCGUCACAGAAGAGGAGGAUGCGGACUGGUAUACAGGGGAAUACGUGGAUGCCUCCGGAGAGAAGCUUCAAGGCCUCUUUCCCAGGAAUUUCGUCGAGAAGUACGAACCGACAAUUCCUUCGCGCCCGGUGCGUGCCCCAAGGCGUGCUCCUGUUCCAGAGCCCUCCGAGCGUGUCCCAGAGCCUCCGGCGCCAGAACCCCUCCCUCCGCCAACAGAGACAUCUGAACCUGUGCAUGAGGAGGAGAAAGAGCCAGUAAGAGAGCCAGCGGAACCAGCCAGAGCAGAUCCUGAGGUUCCUCCGCCGGCCCCGAAGCCUCAACCCGUUGCUCCCACCGCCCCUACCACUGUCCCGACUUCCCCUCCCGCCGCCGCCCGUGCCCCUCCGCCUGUGGCAGACAAGCCAUCCUCUAGCUCUUUCAAAGACAGGAUUGCUGCCUUCAACAAACCUGCUGCAGCGCCAAUCGCGCCUUUCAAGCCCGGAGGUGGCGGACCAAGCAGCGGUUUCAUCAGAAAGCCGUUUGUGGCACCCCCACCUAGCAGGAACGCUUUCGUUCCUCCGCCUCCCCGAGAAGCUCCUAUUCAGAAACCGUACCGGCGUGAGGAUGAUGCAGAUGUAAAUGGAGCAGAUUCUAAAGAUCCAGCGGAACCUACCGUUACGCAACUGGAACCAGAGGCGGAAGAGCAACCGAAGCCCCAGUCUCUCAAAGAAAGGAUAGCGCUUCUACAAAAACAACAACUGGAGCAAGCAGCACGCAAUGCUGAGAAGAAGGAGAAACCAAAGAAACCCCCCAAGAAGAGGGUCGAGACUACUGACUCUGGUGAACAAAUCCAGCCACCUGAGCCGACCUUGACGAGGCUAGAUUCCAAUGAAACUGUGGGCCGCUCAUCUGCUGAGGUAGCAGACGGCGAGCACGACCACGUAGGUCUCGCCCGCCGCACAACAGGACUCAGCACGCCGCUGCCUGCUUCUCGCGAGCUCGUCAGUGAUACAAAUGACGCCGAUGACUCAGGAGCGGGUGACGAUGAUGACGGUCAAGAAACAUCCACGGAAGAAGAGCGCCCCAAGUCCAAAGACACCGAUAUACCAAUUCCAGCAGCUGUUCCCAGGAAGUCAAUGGAUGAGGACCGAAAACAAGAACAACAGGGCGAGGAGGAGGAAGAAGCGGAGGAAGAGGAGGAAGAGGAAGAUCCGGAGAUCCGCCGGAGGAGAGAGCUCAGAGAUAGAAUGGCAAAAAUGAGCGGAGGCAUGGGCAUGAUGGGCAUGUUCGGCCCUCCUGGCGGGAUUGGACUGCCUGGUGCAGCGAGGAAGCCAAAACCAGAACCCUCUCGGCAGGCUUCUGAGAGCCAUGCCCAGGACGAGCCUCAAGAACGACCGGCUCCGGUCCGAAUCAUGGCCUUGCCAGGAAUGGGUCCAUCAAUACCCAAACGGCAAGAGGAGCCUGUGGCUUCUCCAGAAAGUGACGAAGACGAGACUGCACGCCCGACACCCCAAGAACCUGGCGUCCACGGAGAGACCGAAGACUAUGUUUCGAAACCCCUACAACGUCGCUCGACAGAGCGUUCUGCUCCGCCGGUGCCACAAGACCGCAUCGCCCCUCCACCACCACUACGUUCAGAUACUAGGGGUGCUCCUCCUCCUCCGCCCGAAGGCCCAAGAGCAGCUCCUCCGGUGCCUCAGUCACCCACUGCUCGAUCCGUACCUCCCCCUCCUCCGUCGUUGCCCCAAGCGUCUGCAGAAACUCCCGGUUACGAUGAAGAGGAUGAAGCCGACGAAUCCCCCGAAGAGGACACCCAGGAAGCGCCAGAGACUCCAGCUGGCGCCCCAGCCAUUCCUCCAAUCCCCCCAGCUAGAUCAUCUCAGCAUUCUACCUUUGACGCUGCCGGAAGCUCUAUGUCUCCAGUAACCGAUAAACGCGCUUCACGACCACCACCCCCUAUCCCCAUGAGCCCGACCUCUCCUCAGACCAGAGCUCCGCCGCCUCCACCACCAGGAGCUCCCCCAAGUCGUCGUUCAACCACCGACUCGCGUGGUUUCGGCACUGUGCAUUCUCCCAAGCCUGAUGUUGACGAAGAAGAGGAAGUCACUGAAUAUGACGGAGAUUACGAUACGGACAUUGCUUCAAGCGCAAAGCACAAGGAUGCGCUGAAGGCUCACAAUCGCGACUCAAGCCUUGACGAAGGCGCGCUCACGGACGACAUGAAGUCCCCAAAGCAUGCUCCUCCACGAGCCGCUCCCCCUUUGCCCCCAGUCAGUGUCCCGCGAGACAUGCCGCCCGCGCCUCCGUCCUUACCAACGCCCAAGAGCAGAAGAUCUAUGGAUGCGCCACGGGCGGCCCCUCCCCCGGUUCCGCCUCCAAAAGUGGGUGAUGAUGAUGACUAUGAUCCGUAUCGGUAUUCUGCGCCUCAACACCCUCCGCCAUCACUUCAUACCAAGGCACCGUAUUCUACAUCAUUGCAAUCGCCUAGGGAGGAGCUCGAGGAAGAUGACAUGUACAGCGCAAUGCCACAACAAACAACUAUACCGCCCCCACCUACGGAAAGGCCGGCUCCUCCACCGCCGCUGCCAGAGCCGGCGGAGUAUAUUGCGCCUCCCUCUCUCGCGCCACCUCCCCCAACAGACCCCUUUGAGCAGAGUACCGACCUCCGAAGAUCUGGUACUCUUUCCCGCCGUUCAAUGGAUCAUUCUCGUGGAAGCACUGAACAAGGGUAUAUCGCUCAGGAUAUUGACCUCGGAAAGGGCUCAAUGUGGUGGACGCAAGACAAUCUACCGCCUCCUUCACUGCAAGGGAGACCUGAUAUCCUGUACGAAAUGGAGACCGCUUCUUCUUCCAAACGUGGAGGAAGGACUACCAUCUCGAAGGAUAUUUAUGUGCUUUACAUUGACUAUUCCCAGACUACGAUCAAUGUUAGCUACGACGCGGCGGAUCCAACACACGUGACGUUGGAACAGAACCACGGUCGACCACCCCCUGCACCUCGGCGUGAUCAGCUGGAAAAUGCAUCUAUGCAAUAUGGGAAUCAGAUAGCGAGAGUCGCUAGCGGACUUUCUGGUACGACUGUUGGCGAUGGUUCCGCGCGAGGGUUUGUCCUCGAGCUCUUAAAACCCCAUCCAACAGCGCUCCUACCGGUUGGCACGAGAGCAUAUGGUGCUCUCGUCUACUCCAACUUAGGUAACGCAUCUACACAGCAAUUUGAUGAAAUUCGGCCAGGCGACAUAGUCACGUUCCGCAACGCCAAGUUCUCCGGCCACAAAGGAGGCUUGCACCAAAAAUACAGCGUCGAUGUGGGGAAACCCGAGCACGUAGCUGUGGUGAUCGACUGGGAUGGCACCAAGAAGAAGAUUCGUGCAUGGGAGCAGGGAAGAGACUUGGAAAAGGGCAAAAAGCCGAAGGUGAAGGAGGAGAGUUUCAAGGUCGGAGAUCUGAAGAGCGGAGAGGUCAUGGUUUGGAGGAUCAUGCCGAGGACCUGGGUGAAUUGGGAUACUACCAAGUCGUGA